ACAUGAAGGAUGAUGGAUUACAUGAGCACAGCGGGAUUCGGAUAACCCACCAUAAGCGUCAUCGAAGGAAGAGGACAAAAAGACAGAUUUCCUCUCUCGGAUUCCGAGAUUUUUUUUUCUCUCUUUUUGCUCAGCCUGGAACCAUUUCCACAAUCCAGCCAUGGCAACGGCGGACGACCUGUCCCUCUCCAAGGAGGCCGUGACACCGGCCGUCUCCGGAGCCGAAUCCGACUCGGCAUCGACAUCCAUGGGGACAAUCGCGCCCCUUCCGGCCGCACCAGGGCCGCAGCAACAGCAGCAGCAGCAGCAGCGGCGGCCCGACCCGGACCAGAGCCGGGAUCACAACUCGGACCCCGAAUCGGACCCGGAAUCACACCGCCGCAUCUCCCAAGGGGGCCCGCGCUCGCAGUCCUUCGGCGCGCGCCCGGCCUGCUUCACCUCGACGCUGCAGGAGUGCCUUUUCGUCUUCCAGGCCACGACCGCGACAGCUACCUCGUCCUUCUUCCUCGGCGCCUCCGCCAUCCUGACCGCCUCCAUCGGCCGCGACCUGGGCAUGACGCAGGGGGAGAUCAGCUGGAUCACGGCGUCGACGUCGCUGACGGCGGGCGCGUUCCAGCUCGGGCUGGGCCAGUCGGCCGACCUGCUGGGGCGGCGGGCGCAGUUCGUGGCGGGGAUGGCGUCGUUCGCGGCGUUCGCGCUGCUGGUCGCCUUCGCGCAGAACCCCUUCUGGAUGGACGUCGUGUGCGGCCUGCUGGGCCUGUGCGCCGCCAUGGUCGUCCCCCCCGCCAUCGGCAUCAUGGGCGCCGCCUACGACGUGCCCAGCAAGCGCAAGAACCUCGCCUUCUCCGCCUUCAGCGCCGGCAACCCCCUCGGCUUCGUCCUCGGCAGCGUCAUCAGCGGCGUCGCCGCCAUGGUCCUCAACUGGCGCGCCUCCUACGUCCUCAUGGCCAUCCUCUGGGUCGUCUUCGCCGUCGGCGCCCUCUGGACCAUCCCCAAGGUCGAGGCAUACCCGCCCGGCGAGCCGUUCCGGGAGAGGCUGGCGCGGUUCGUGCGCACGUUCGACUUCGUCGGCACCGCGCUGACCAUCCUGGGGACCGGCCUGCUGACGGCCGGGAUAACGCUCGGCCCGACGGACGGUUGGAAGACGGCGCACAUCAUUGCCAUGCUCGUCGUUGGCGUGGUGUUGCUCGCCGCGUUUGUCGGCUGGGAGACCGUCUACCCGCACCCGCUGAUGCCGCCGCACAUCUGGAAGGACCGCAAUUUCACCUUUAUCAUACUGUCCUGCCUCCCCGGCUUCAUGGCGUUCACGUCGUCCCAAUUUUGGCUGUCGUUCUUCAUGCAGGAGCGCCAAGGCCUGACGCCGCUCCUGGUCGCCGUACACCUGCUGCCGCAGGUUGUCGCCGGCCUGAUCUACAACGCGAUCGCCGGCGCGGUCCUGCACCGCAUCAACAACACGCUGCUCCUGGUCAUGGGAAGCCUGGCGUACGUCGGAUCGAACGUGCUGCUGGCGCUCAUGCAGCCCGACAGCCCGUACUGGGCCUUCAUCUUCCCGUCGCUGAUUCUGGGCGUUGUCGGGGCUGACUUCCAGUUCAACGUGGCGAAUAUGUACGUGAUGCAGUCGUUGCCCUCCCACCAGCAGGCCCUGGCCGGCGGCAUCUUCAACACGCUGUUCAGGCUGGGGACGGCCAUCGCGCUGGGCGUGUCGACGGCUGUCUUCACGCAGUCGACCGAGACGCCGCAGGGCGUGGCCGACCCCAUGGUGCCCUACGCCAAGGCGUUCCAGGUGUCCAUCGGCCUGGCCGCCGGCAGCUUCCUCUUCCUGCCGUUCGUCCGGCUGGGCACCCAGGGCCAUGCCCCCCGCCCCGCGGACGCUGGCGAGCCUGCGGGCUCCGGCAAGGCGGUCGCUCUCGCACAGAUUGCGCCCGCUGCUGCCGAAAAGAAGGAGCAGAAGUAGAGGUUUUGCCAUCUAACCGUGCCAUAUCUUGAUGUUUUGGAAAGCCGUCGAUAGACCUUGGAUACUGGAAACCGUCGAUAGA